AUGAAGACCAACCCUGCCAGCUCCUCACUAGAAACCUGUCGAGUUGCAGGACAGGGAGAGAAGGGCUGCCCUGUCUGUCAGGCCUGUGGGGGGGCCUCUGGCCUGGGGUCUGCUUCAGGGUCAGGGUCAGGUUUUAGACCAGGGCCUGGGGCUCUUCUGGGGCCUGGGCUGGGACCUGAAGCUGUUCCAGGGUCUGGGCCAGGAUCUAAAGCUGUUUCUGUGGCUGCUGCUACUUCAGUGCCUACUCUGGGACCCGCACUAGAAACAGAAUCAUUACCUGGACCAGGACCUAGGUCUGGACCCAGGCAAGGAGCUGAGACAGUACCUGGAUCAGUACCUCAGUCAGGACCUGGGUCACUACCUCAGCCAGGAGCUAGGUCAGUACCUCAGCCAGUAGCUGGGCCAUCACCUCAGCCAGGAUCUGGGUCAGUACCUCAGUCAGGAGCUAGGCCAUCACCUCAGCCAGGAACUGGGUCAGUACCUCAGUCAGGAGCUAGGCCAGCACCUCAGUCAGGAGCUGGGUCAGUACCUGAGCUAGUAAGUGCGUCAACACCUAGUCAAGGAGCUGCACCAUUACCUGGGCUGGGGCUAGGGCCUGGGACCAGACGAGGCUCUGGGACUGGUUCUAACCCCAGUGAAUCAGUGGCAACCCCAGAACCAGCGCUGCAGCAGAAGACUGGGACCAAAGCCACACAGGCCCCCAGACAGAAGGUUCUGGUGACCGGAGGAGGAGGCUACUUGGGGUUCAGCCUGGGUUCCAGCCUGGCCAAGAGAGGCACUUCUGUCGUCUUGCUUGACCUUCGCAGACCCCAGUGGCCGCUACCCCCAGAAACCGAGUUUAUCCAGGCUGAUGUCCGAGAUGAGGAAGCUCUGUACCAAGCCUUCCAGGGGGUGGACUGUGUUUUUCAUGUGGCCUCCUACGGCAUGUCUGGGGCUGAGAAGCUACAGAAACAGCAGAUUGAGUCUAUAAAUGUCGGAGGCACCAGACUAGUGAUUAAUGUCUGUGUCCGUCGGCGGGUUCCAAGGCUCGUGUACACCAGCACAGUCAACGUGACGUUUGGUGGGAAGCCCAUAGAGCAGGGUGAUGAGGACUCUGUCCCAUACUUCCCCCUGGACAAGCACAUGGACCACUACUCUCGAACCAAAGCCAUUGCUGACCAGUUGACCCUCAUGGCCAAUGGGACACCUCUCCUAGGAGGAGGCACCCUGCGCACCUGUGUGCUCCGCCCCCCAGGGAUCUAUGGCCCUGAAGAACAGAGACACCUACCCCGGGUGGCGAGCCACAUCAAGAAGAGACUUUUCAUGUUCCGGUUUGGGGAUCGCAGGACACGCAUGAACUGGGUCCACGUGCAGAAUCUGGUGCAGGCACACAUGCUGGCCGCUGAGGCCCUUACCAUGGCUAAGGGCUACGUGGCUAGCGGGCAGGCAUACUACAUCAACGACGGGGAGAGCGUCAACCUCUUUGAGUGGAUGGCCCCACUGUUUGAGAAGCUGGGGUACAGUCAGCCCUGGAUCCAGGUACCAACUUCCUGCGUUUAUCUGACAGCUGCAGUGAUGGAGUACCUGCACAUGGCCCUGAGGCCCAUCUGCACCAUCCCCCCACUGCUUACCCGCAGUGAGGUGCUCAGCGUGGCCGUGACGCACACCUUCCAGAUUGCCAAGGCCCGCGCUCAGCUUGGCUACGUGCCGGACAAGUUCAGCUUCGCCGACGCAGUGGAGCGAUACGUGCAGGCCACGACCCCGCAGCGCCGUGGCUUCACCAUGCUGAGGCUCCUGCGGCUACUGCUCCUGCUGCUGCUGCUGCUCAGCCUGCUGGGCCUUGCCCUGCACUUCCUAGGACUGCAGCCUUUGCAAGACAGCAUCUCUCUCACUGAUUUGGAGCUUGGAGUGGCGAGGCUGGCCAAGAAACCCUAG